AUGCCUUCAGACCCCAUCAACGCAAAUCCAACAGUCUUGGAUCUUGCAGACUUGCCUACUCGUCUAAAUGACGAUAACGAUGAUCUUUUCUCCAAAUCAAAUACCGCCACUGUCUCUCCACUAGACACCUUUUCCAAAGAUAUCCUCACUGCUGGACUUUGGUCCCAGUACCAUGAACAAGACAAUGUCCUCUACUCUUUCACUGAAGACCUAUCUGAUCUUUCAGCUUCAGAAGAUGACGAUGACGACAAUACUGAAAUUGACGGAAAAGACCUGGAAACUUCUACAGAUAAUACCUCUCAAACAGACCCUAUAGACGCUCAAGAAAUUUACGACCUCAUAUCAACAAUCAACGACCCAGAACAUCCCCUCACACUUGGCCAGCUUGCCGUUGUAAACCUGCCUCAUAUUUAUGUUACUGAUACUGGUCGCCGCGACGAUAUGGCUGAGGUAUUUGUGGAAAUCACUCCUACAAUCACUCACUGCUCUCUCGCUACUCUGAUUGGCCUUGGAAUUCGCGUGCGUCUUGAACGGGCACUUCACCCCCGCUUCCGCAUUCUCAUCAAGGUCCGACCAGGUACCCACCAAAGCGAAAAACAAGUCAAUAAGCAGCUCAACGACAAGGAACGAGUCGCUGCUGCCUGCGAAAAUGAACAACUUCUCGGCGUCAUUUCCAACAUGCUGGCAUCUUGCAAGUGA